AUGCCGUUGCGUAAACACACCAAAGCUCCGCCAAGAUUCACCUUUGUUACCCCAGAGUUUGAAGGAAACGAAAUAAGAUGGUUGAAGACACAUUCAGAUGCUGCGAGAAGCCACGCGGCCUAUUGGGGUGGUCCUGCUAGGCGCCAAUGGCAGACCGGCAAAGAAAGCGAAGCAACAAAAGAAGACACCCCUGUUCAUGACACCAUGAUGAAGAAGCGUGCUCGUCGACGCAACGCAAAUCUUCAGUUUUACUGCUUCGCUUCUGAAACUAUCCAGCCACAUGAGGUUACCAGGCCGAAGAGUACGAAAGCUAUGUCUUCAAAGACAGAAUAUGAAAUAGCUAACUAUCCAAGAUGUCUUCCGCCUCUUAUACCUGAAGGGCGAGCGUCAGGCGCCUUCUCAGUCGAUCUGACGGCGUUCAAAUUUUACAGUGAAGACUUCAUAAAACGUUUUGUCAUGGUUGACAAUCAGGACUAUCCCAUGAUACUAAGUAGUUGUCUUUUACUCAGCUACGCUCACUACAUGGCGUUGACGGGGUGUGGAACGACUACGGCAUUACUGGAACUUAAAAGCCAAGUUAUGCACCGCCUGAGCGCAGAAAUGAGUUUGUCGCAUGGAUUACUCAGUCCCCGAUGCUUGACUGCAAUUGUGGCUCUAGGCGCCCCGAUUGUCUGUUUACUAUCCAGGGAUUUGCCACAUGGCCUAAGCAUCCGCGAGUACAUCGAUGCAACGCUGGAAGAGGAUUACCUCUGCAAUGAGCAAUCCGCCGCUAUCGCGCAGUGCUCACUUGAAGAACAGAUUGUUCAUCGACACGCAUUAAGCAAACUGUUCCUGAAAACGAGCGCCAACUUUCAAGACGCAGACAGUUUAGCAUUAUUGCAGUAUAUCUCUAAUUAUAUAAACAUGCAUGUAUCCACUCCCAUUUAUUCUUGGAUGCUUUCUAACAAGAUUUCCAGAUCAAUAGCUCUAGAAGCAACGGAUCGUCUCUAUACCCCGCUGGAAGAUGUUGAAAAGCUAUUCCCAACAAUAAGCUGUUCCCAACAAUGCGCCAUUCCAGAAGAGUGGACGUCGCCUAUUACUCAUCGACAGGCUGAUACGAUUCCUACGACACAUAUCGAGGCUCAGCUGCUACUCCUUACAAGCCUUGUACACACAUGGCUUUCGACAUUUCUAGACAAAGACAACGCUAUGUCGGCCCUCACAGACGAGAUCCUCCAGAAGCGGGUUGCACUUCGCCAAAGAAUAGAAAGCUUUGAGCCAGCGACAGAUAAUGGCAGUAGCGAAGCAGAGAUUAUAUAUGAAUGUUGUCGACGAGCCGGUUUGAUUCUAUUGGCUGUCGCAGAAGGAAAGAUCCCGAUUCAUGUUGCGGCCAAGCAUGUGGAAAAUAAGCCUAGCAUUACAAAACUUCUUCGUAUGACUGACCUGCCAGGCCUCUGGGGAAAUCACAAAGGAUUAUUGUUUUGGGUUGCCGCUACCCUUCAAUUUGCCACGGCAAGACAGUGUUUCCCAUUGCUGUCUACAACAUUACUUGCGCAGUUGGUACAGGAGCUUUCAAUGUCAACAGCAUGCGCUGAAGCGGCCGUCAACUCUCUGAAAAGGCUUAAAACUUUUGAGAGUCUAUGCUGCGGUUUAUAG